UAUGCGCAUGGGCGGAGAAACUGCCGCUGUGCGCUGUUAUUAUUGUAAGAGUAAUUUCUUUUUUACGAAAAUGGCGUCUAGUCAGGGAGGUGUGGGAGCUGUCACGGCUCUACAAAGCCAUCACUAUUCCAGCGGACCUCACUGGAGCCCGGGCGUCAGCCAGUUUCAGCACCAGCAGCAGCAGCACCACACGGCCCGCAGCCUGGACCGGGCUCUGGAUGAUGCCGUGUGCUCGGGGAUACUGAACCUGAGCGGUAGGAAGCUGAGAGAGUACCCGGGGAUGAGCUACGAUCUGACCGAUACAACACAAGCAGAUUUGUCCAAGAAUCGCCUCACAGAAAUCCCUCCAGAAGUAUGUCUGUUUGCCCCCCUCGAGUCUCUCAACCUCUACCACAAUUGCAUCAAGUGCAUCCCAGAAGCUAUCAUCAAUCUGCAGAUGCUGACUUAUCUUGACAUCAGUCGAAAUCUCCUGUCAGUUUUGCCAAAAUACCUGUUCAACCUCCCCCUCAAAGUUCUGCUUGUGAGCAACAACAAGCUUGUAUCCAUCCCUGAGGAGAUCGGCAAGGCCAAAGAGUUGAUGGAACUGGACGUAAGCUGUAAUGAGAUCCAAGUGCUGCCAACUCAGGUGGGGAGGCUUCAAGCCUUACGAGAACUCAACAUCAGGAAGAACUGUCUUCACAUGCUGCCUGAGGAGUUGGCUGACCUGCCUCUCAUCCGACUUGACUUCUCCUGCAAUAAGAUCACAGAGAUUCCUCCAGCCUAUAGGAAACUCAGGCAGCUGCAGCACAUCAUCCUAGACAACAAUCCUAUGCAGUCUCCUCCCGCACAGAUUUGUCUCAAGGGUAAGGUGCACAUAUUCAAGUACCUGAACAUCCAGGCGUGUAGGAUGGACAAGAAACCGGACACCCUGGACCUCCCUUCUCUUGGCAAGCGUUGCCUUCCGCAGCCUCUUACAGAUAGCAUGGAAGAUUUUUAUCCCAGUAAGAAUCACGGGCCUGACUCUGGAAUUGGUAGUGACAAUGGUGACAAGAGGCUGUCAACAACAGAGCCCUCAGACGACGACACUGUCAGCCUGCACUCUCAGGUCUCAGAGACAGCCCGUGCUGACGCCCUCUCUCUCCUCUCCAAAAUGGACUCUUGCAAAGAUCAGGAUCUGUAUGACUUUAUAGAGCCCAACCCCGAUGAGGAUCCUGCUCUGUCAGAGUGUGAUGGGCAGCAGAGCAGUCACGUGUCUUGUAUAAAGGAACUGGAGAAAGUUCUUAAUAUGUCUCACCAAAGCAAAGAUAAAGACAGCUGGAAAGAGGAGUCAGGUUCUGACAAGGAGCAGCUAGUUGAGGAAGAGGAUGAUGAGCUGAAGGAAGUGCUAGAUCUGAGGAAGAUUGCCGUGCAACUCUUGCAGCAGGAGCAGCAGAACAGACGACGGUCCUUAAUUUGCAGAGCAGAGAGUCUUAUUCACCGACGGAGAGUGACGGGCCGGGCACACAGGUUCCUAAGUCACUCUGGAAGCUCCAGCAGCAAACCAAGGCCCCCACCUCAGACUGCUCGAAGUGCUUCUCUGGAUGAAGGAAGUAGUGGAGCAUCAGUGCUAAGUGGACAGGUACAAACAGUUUGUGUCUCACAUUCCUUGUGUGAUAUUUCCUCUUUGGAGUGUGCCCAGAAUUACUCUAAUUUUAACUCUCUGCUUUUUUUAAAGCCAUCUUCUUCCUGCUCCUUUGAUGGCAGUCUGAAGACAGAUCAGUCAGAUUCUGAGCCGAAGUGGCCCGAAGUCCCGCCCGUCCUCAAUCAGAAUGAGGACCGCAGGAGGAACAAAUACCUGAGAAAAGAUUAUCUAAAGUACAAGUGUCAGAGUGCUCGGAAAAACUCCAGCGGCAAUGAUGACUGCGAGGAGGGCUUGCGCAACACUGAUUUCAGCACCACUUUGACAGUGUUUGGACUCAAACCAAGAUCAGCCUUCACCAGAGGAAGCCGUCAGGAGUACAGCUCCACUGACCCCAGUUUCACCAUGAGGAGGAAGAUGGAGCACUUGAGAGAGGAAAUGGAACAGAUAGGACUCUUACGGCAGAACAUUGAGUCCAGGCUGAAGGUGUUGCUUCCAGAUGAUGUUGGAGCUGCUCUAAUGGAUGGAGUUGUCCUUUGCCAUUUAGCCAAUCACAUUUGUCCUCGGUCUGUUGCCAGCAUCCAUGUACCAUCACCUGCAGUGCCAAAGCUUAGCAUGGCUAAAUGCCGUAGGAAUGUGGAGAACUUCUUGGAUGCCUGUAAGAAGCUGGGUGUACCACAGGACAAGCUUUGUCUGCCCCAUCACAUCCUAGAGGAGCGCGGUUUGGUGAAGGUUGGUGUGACCGUCCAGGCUCUGCUGGACCUACCCGCGUUGAAACCCACACAACUGUCAGCUGUUUGACACAAGCCUGAAUGUUGUCGUCCGACCUGCAGCAGUCAUCCGGCCAACCCCUGCCCCCAGCCUGAACCCGCACCCUAUCGCCAGGGACCGGAGAGCCCCUCGGGGUGAGGACCCACUGGGCGGUGGGGUUUGAGGGAGUCUGCUUCUUGCCUGACUGAAACAGGAGACAGGAGCCUGAAGUAACCUCUGUCUCCUCAUAUGAUGUCAGCUGCUGCCCACUUCCUGUCCAUCGCAUUUCCAUUUGUAUCCUGUUCUAGUUACUGGGGUCAUCCUGUAUGUGUGUGGACUUGCAACGUGACUGUGUGUUUCCUGAGCUGCACAGUUUGAACUUGGAGAGACAGAUGAGACAAAGGGUCUGCAGAUAGACCUAUGCAUUCCCCUCAACAAGCUCAGUGAUUAUUGAGCCUGCAAGUGCCAGUGCCGAUAACAUUUCCAUGCGGGUGCUGGACGCAUCGGCAGUGAGGAGGUGACAGACAUGUAACUCACUCUUUCACUUAAGAGACCUAAGCUGCAUGCUAGCCUCACAAACCCUAAACCACUGACUGACCGACUCGAGUGGUUCUUACACUCUUGAGUUCCCCUUCUUUUUUGUGUCAUUGAUUUUUCUCAUGAAAAUUCAUCUUUGAAUUUAUUAUUGUUCUGUUUUUUACACAGUUUGCAUCAGGUCCCUACGAUACCUUUUUUUCAGCAGCCAAGCCUGAUUCUUCAGUACUGUUGAUUAAUUUGCCAAGUAUUGCAUUUGAGCAUUUACCACCUCCUCUGCUUGUUGAGGAAGAAGGCUUGCCUCUGAAAAGAAACAAGUAAUUGAUGUGACAGCUUUCGAGAAGUCACGCAACAGUAGACAUUCUGCCUGUUUUCAAACGGGUGCGGUUUUGACAUCUUUAAACAACUGUACGAAUCAUGCGCUCUUUCUCAAUAUAAAACCUGCAUGCACCAGGAGAGGUGACAUUUGACCACUGUGAGAACAUGUUUGGCUGUUGCCAAAAGCAUGAAGAUCCUGUUUUGUAGCAUUUUUCCAGUGUACAUGCAAGAUUUCUGUUUUUGAAAAAUGGUAUUCUAACUUUUCUAAAGGUUUUAUACUUUCCUCCCAGUCAUUGCUAAUUACCGCUUGUCAUUCGGUUCAGAGAACGGGUUAGCCGCGUUAUAUUCAAAGCUGUUUUUAUUCCUUUGCAUAUACUAGCAAAUGAAACAUGUUUAUACUGUAUGUGUUUGUGAGUGGAGGAGUCUGAGUGAUGGGCCUCUGGAUCAGAAAGUGGCUCAAUGCUGCCUAGAGGUAAUCACUCUUGCAAACCCUUCAAACACACAGCAUGGUCUUAUCUUACUGCCAGGCCACCCUGCUGUAUGUGGUUUCUGAUACAGUUCAUUAUUUCAGGGAAAUGAAAUUAUUUAUGUAUUUAUUCAAUUGUUUUAUAUUUAUAUGUUGUUGCUUUGUGUGGCUCAACCCUGAUGGGCUGUUCAGGUGCGGCUGAACAGUUAGAUCUCACCUGUUUUCUGUGUGUAGUUUUUCAAAUUGGUUGGCACCAAAGUAACAUGAGAAUUGCCAUGAGAAAUAGCAUAUUUUCGCACUGUUUAUCAAAAGAGCUGACAGCAGUGUUGACAGCAUAAAAUGUUCCUACAUAUGAGAAGCUUAAUUCUGUCACAAACAUUGUGCAAGACUGAAUUUAUUUAUCUGAAUUUAUUUACUUUUAAAACUGAAAAUUCAAGUUAUGUGCCAGUGAAACAGAUUUGUCACCUGCUCAUCUAAUCAUGUCAUUUUUACCUUUAUUUUGAAUCAAUUUGUCAGUAGUUCCUUAUCUGUGAAUCAGUUUGUCUGCAGGGCAAUAUCAGUCUUCUUGUCAGGCAGUUGGCAUGCAAGUCCCUUUUUUUGGAUAGGAUUAAACUCCAUCAGGCAGCUGUGGGAUAUAAUUCAUUUUAAAAUCAAUCCUCACAGAUUCACUGAACUUGAAAAGGCGUGUAGUUUCCUUGCACAGAACACCAUUUUAUGUGGAGGAUGGUACUGUGCGUGAAUAAAACUGAGGACAUGAGGACUCACAUGGCCACAGUAUACUGUAUUUUAAAACGCACACCUGAAGGGAAGCUGAGGAUUUCGUGACCUGUAUUGAUCCUUAUCAGUGAUAUAUUGACAAAGCAUUGAUAUGCCAUCAAUUAAAGCAACACUAUGUAACUAUUUUAAAAAAGAACAAUUACAAUGUAUCUUUGGUGAGCGGGUGCUGAGUGAUAGUCAGCUGCUCAAACUGCAGGAAUCACGCCCAGUAAGUUCAAGAAUAAUGCAGAACUGUAGAGGAGUUAAAAAGACGUAGAAAUCAUUAAAGAUCAGCCCUUAAAAUAUAGAUGGAGUUUUUGUGUUUGUUACAGCAACAGUACAGGGGUUGGGAGCAGUAUAGACUGUUGGAGUUCAGUGAGUGGGACUAAGCACUUAGAGCUCUGGUCAAGCAAUUGAUAGUGUAACUCUCUGCUCCGAUUCAGAGUUUACCACUUGUGGCUGCAGAGGGCGCUGUUGCUCAGCAAAAGUUACACAGUGUUGCUUUAAAUGUCCAUUAAAUGACCUCAGGCUGAUAGUUUUUGAUGUCUUGUAAAGAUGUAGCAAAUUAUUUGUUGCAAAAACACCUUCUUGUGUCAUCAUGUGAAACUGCAUUGCAACAUGUAAAAGUAGGAGAUAUUGUGCCCUAAAGGGGGGGAUAUCUUUAAUGAUUUCAUAAGUUUAUUGAAUUCACAUGUAAUGUUUUUCUUUUCAACCAAUGAAUUAUAGGUUUAGUUUAGACCACACACACAAGUCUGUGGUCUACUGAGAUGCUUGAUGCUUAAUUAACUUACUCUGCCAUGACUGGCAUGAAUUAGCUUUUCACCGGCAUUGCUUUGCUCCUUAUAGUACAAACAUCACUUUGGUCAGAUGUCCCUAUUUGAAAACUGUUUGUGAGAACCUCUGCUUCCUCUGAAUUGGUUGUAGCAGCUGAUAUUGUGCCAGCAUAUUCCAAAGAACAGAUACUGCAGAGAUAAAAAAAAAAAUUCAUGGCUUCCAGUUAACCAGGCCUCGAUUGUAGAAUAUGCACAAAUUAUCACAGAGUCACAUGUCGCACAUUUUUCUUGUUCACAAAAUCCUAGUGAGUGAACAUUAUUGCCUCUGGAAAUACCCACAUCCAUUACACUGUUUUCUGCUACUGCACAGAGGUUAUCUUUUAUGGUCCUGGCUACCAUAUAUUUAACAGAGAACAGCAUCUAUGGAACAUAUUAAUUCAUCAUGUUAUAAAAUGUUCAUCUAUUAUGAAACACUGGCAGAUCAUUUGAAAAAUAACCUCAAAAUUUGUAGCACACAGCGCCAUGUUAGCAUUUCAGAAGCUGGCUACAUGUGAAGGACAUGAGACACAAAGGAAAGAAAUUAUGAUGCUGAUGGCAGCAUUGUAAAUUCUCAUGAUCUUCAUCAGUCUAAAAUUACAGGUUGGGAGACAAUAAAAUGAUGAGUAACCUACCUCGGGUUUGCUUUUCAAAUAUUGGGCGUUUAAAAUGGUUACGUGUGCCUAAAAAUGAUGUUAACUGCCAUAAGUUAUUGUAUGUAUGCACUACUGUCUUAUGUUUUAUGUGUCAUUGCACAGAUUCAGUUCUCUGAGUUUUCCAGAUGACACACAGUUGAUUUAUGUUUUGGAGUAAGAUGAGUGAAAAACUGAAAAGAAUCAUGAUGAAUCAUGAUGCGUUUUUCGCCACGCUGGCACCAAAUGAGUCAAGGCACAAUAGGAAGAAAGGGAGUAGCUUGCAUAACCGCCAUACAGUAAGUGGUGACUGUUGUGGUCUAAGUCAGAAAAGUGACUCAUGUCACGGGAAGAAUAGUCCAAACAGCUUGAAAUUAUCUCUCCUGAGGACUGAGGCUGAGCCCUCUGAUAACAAGUAUUACCAUCUGUUAACACCAGAAUGACUGUGAGCUUCCAUCUAGGUUUUAUUAUCUUUAAGGGGGAAUAAAAUGGUAGUUCCAGAUAACUCUUUUCUCUACAAGGUGUGGCAAACUCAAAAGCUGGAGAUAGAAUUACACACCCUGAAAGCUCUUUGUGCUUGUAACAGUGGCAGCUAACAGCUGUGGGACACUGCCGGACUUGCUAUACAUGACUCAUGCCUCGUUUAUUUAUUUACUUUUGCAUAUCCACAGUGACAGGCGAUGUAUGCCAGGGCAUGUUAUGUCUCCCUUUGUGUAGUUAGUCAAGCAAGGAGCGGCUUUUGUAACCUUCUUCCAUUUUUAAUCUUGUGAAUUGCCAUUAUCAUGGAUUCCCUCACUAAUUCACACACAUGCAGGCACAUGCAGUCUGGAGCUGGUAAUUUGUUAUGAUGCCAAUUGCUAAGAAGUGUUUUAGUUAUACACCCUUAAGUCCUAUACAAUACCAUGUGGGCAUGGGGCUGUCCCCCCUUUUUAUCAUGUCUAUGCGAGUGAGCACAUCACAGUGAUGGGUGUGUGGUUUCCACCAGGUCUAAAAGGUAAAAUGACUUAUUGGCCUCUGUUUGUAUUCAGUGGAACUGCUCCCAACACUGAUGCCUUAUUCUUGUUUUACCUGCAAACUACUGUAUGUCAUGGUGCCCUAUCAAUUAUUAUUUUUACUGUAAAUGAACCCAGUGCCAAAUCACAAUGGCAUGCCUUUCAUCGCAGCCUUCGGCAAAAGCAUUGUUGUAGCCCUUUCAACUCUUUUAGACAGCUGGUGGAUCUCUUAAUGAUGAGACACACAUACGCAUGCACACACACUACUCCUGCAGAACUUGCAUUAACAGUAAUCAGAUGGCUUGUGUACAGAAUAUUUAACACAUACACAUGCUCUGGUGAUUUUACUGUAUGUUCAGCAAGUCUUUGUUCUAUGGUCCGGUUCACAGUUAUCUUAAAACAACAGUCACAUGCUUGUAUGCUUUCAGUGGCUGUAAUCUUUCCCCACAUUUAUAGUGGCUAAGCUAGUGUGAGGCUUCAGCGGUCUGGUUCAGAUAAAACACAUCUUCUAAAUGGAGUCAAUUUACAGUGAGAUUUUUCUCUUACAGGAGAGCGUUUCAUAGCUGAGUUGCAGUGGAAAAAGAGAUUUCCUCAGGGCCAGUUUGGGCUGGAAGAGUGAUUGAACAGACUGAUAAUUCUCUCAAGACACAUAUGAGUACAUGAGUAUUGUUUUAGGACAGACUUGGAAAAAUGUGAACCUGUCCUCGAAAAGGUUUGCCCUGCUUGGAGGAGGCAGAAAUCAAACAGUAUGUGAAACUUCUGUAGGUCAAAAGUUGUACCCGACUGUUAUUUUUAAACAUUAAUGUGUCUCGUCAUCUGUGAACAUAGUGUUUUACCUCAAGAAAAGUUCUCUCCAGUUCUUUGUUAUUUUAUUGUUUUGUUGUACAGAUGCAACUAAUUGACAGAGGGUAUUUUAUGAGGCUUGGAGGCAAGUUUGCGUGUUUUUGAGGAAGAGCAAUGUAAAGACUGUUUUGCAUUUGGCUUUUCGUGACUCUCCCUUUACAACACACACACAACAAAACUUAAUGAACAUUCUUCAACAUGUUGUCAAACUGGCACAUCAUUUUCUACAGGCAGUGGUGCUGAUCUAUACUACAUAAUGUGUGUGAUAAAUCCAUUGCACUAAUUACAUCUACCUGUGAUUGGUUUAUGUGCCACAACAGAUAUCAGGAACUUUGCUUGUUAUGAUUUAUGCGCUUGUCAUCUCAUCCAAAGAAAACAGUGCAAAAGUGAGUCAUGUCUAACUACUACACUGCCGAGAAAAUCCAAACUCAUGUAUACAAGCUUUUUGUAUUUUAAAACAAGUCAAAUGCAUGCGAGAGAAUGACUGAACCUGUACAUAUCAUCUGUAUAAAUUCCAAGGUUUUCUUAAAAAUCAAACAUGACCAAUAUAAAAUAAAGUCAAAUCCUUUGCA